AGGUCACAAACGCUGCUCUGCCGUUAAGGUCGAAGCGGGCGGGGUGCAGCCUGUUGUUGGCUCGGAGGGUUGCUGGCAGAAGACGCAGCUGUCACAUGCUGGGUAACCGCUGCAAAGCUGACCUGCGGCAUGAGAAACUAAGCGGAAGGCGAUAACUGAUAUGGGAAACGCUUUUCUAUAAAGUACCGUGAAACAGUUGUUAGUGUUACACGUUGGUUAAAGUUGUCCAGGCGACACAGUAUUUGAAUCGGGGCACGCGCUGGCGUAUUCUUACCGGUUGACUGGAGACGGUCGUCAAGACGAAGAAAAGGACGGGUUAACUCUUAAUAAGUGCGACCGAUAUUUUUUUUAUUUUAUUUUAUUACAGUAAAGUCUCUCCAGAAAAAGAAAUCCAUCCGACUAAUUGAGUCUCUUGGAGCCGAGAGGGACAGAAAACAUGGUAACCACUAAGGGAGCAGGUCUGAAUCCCAAUGCCAAAGUGUGGCAAGAGAUUCCUGCCCAACAGAAUGAGCUCUCAGGAGAAACGGACGACAGUCCUUGGCCACAGACCUACCCUCCUCCUGCUGAGAUGACUGAAGGUUACUCAGAUGUUCCCUCUUUAGGAGGUAAAGGAUACUACACCGAAUAUCUGGACACCACUGCUGACUACUCAGCUGUACCCACAGGCAACGUUCAUGACACUGAACAGCCGGACAUAGGGUAUUUAGACUUUAACCCACAAGGUGAAUCUGCCACAAAUAUCGAAGUGUCCAAGGAACAACCAGUGACUGAAGAGAGUUUGCGAGGGUCCUUAAAGAAACGGCUGGAGUUCUGCUUUUCUAGAGAGAACCUGUCCAAGGACUUGUACCUGAUAUCGCAGAUGGAUAGUGAUCAGUUUGUUCCUAUCUGGACCAUUGCUUGUAUGGAGGACAUUAAAGCUCUCACCACUGAUAUGGACCUAAUUUUGGAUGUACUGAAAGCUUCUCCCAUGGUGCAAGUUGAUGAAGCUGGUGAGAAGGUUCGACCUAACCACAGUCGCUGUAUUAUUAUUCUAAGAGAAGUGCCAGAAACUACCCCAGUUGAGGAAGUGGAGGCUCUCUUUAAGAGUGAAAACUGCCCCGAAGUGCUGAGUACAGAGUUUGCUCACAACAGCAACUGGUACAUAACUUUUCAAUCGGAUAUGGAUGCACUGAAGGCCUACAGGUAUCUACGAGAGGAAGUGAAAAUGUUCCAGGGGAAACCAAUCAUGGCCCGCAUUAAGGCUAUUAACACGUUCUUUGGAAAGAAUGGCUUCCACAGAAUGGAUGCAGCACUGUACCAACAACAUGUUCAGCCGCAGGCCCAGUUUGACUCUUCAGUCUACAUGCAGCAGGUGUACAGCCCACAGCAGCAAUACCCCGUUUAUCCUGUCGUGUCUCCUUCCUGGAACCCUUCAGUCAUGCCUCAUUUUGAAACACCACUGGCACCCUUCCCUAAUACUGGAUUCAUGAAUGGUUACCGCAGUGCAGGAAACUACAAAACAAAUUCAAGCUCGGUCAAUGCCCAUCGUCCCAUAGGCAGGAACAGAAACUAUGCGAAAGGACAUCCUAGGCCUGGAGAUAUCCUCCCAUCUUCCCUGGAUUCGGGAAUCAUGAUGGAUGGCAUGUCUAGUCCCUUGAAUUCAAAGGACCUCCAAGCAUCAGGGACACUGAUUGACAGCACACCACGGACGAUCCCUCUGUCUUCCUUCAACCUUAAACACAGUUCUUCAUUGUCAGUCAUGCCAAAUGGGGAUCUAAACCUGGCUGGACGAGACAGGAGAGGCAGCCAUAGAGGUACGAGGAGAAACAGAGAAGAACAUAACAAGAAAACUGUGAUGGAGACCAAAGCACCACCUCCUAAGUUUGACCUGGAAGCUUCAAGUUUCCCCCCUUUGCCAGGAUCUGUGGUCACUGCACAAGAAGGAACUGUGGUAGAAAUGCGUCUUUCUGAUGUUGUACGUGGCCUAAAGGUUCCGACAAAGGCUGUGAGUCAAGAGGACAACUCAACUCAAAAACUAAAAGGCUCAGAAAGUCCUGUAAGUAAACCAGAUUCUGUGAGUCUGGUCACUAAACCUGUAUCUGUGACGAAGGAGAUGAGCACCCCAUCAUCAUUACGCGCUUCUCCAUCGGUAAUAAAAGAAGAUAAGACUGAACCUGCUGUUACAAAGGGAAAAACGUUCCCCUCCACUGAAGCCCCCUCCACAACAGAGUCAGAACAUACCCCCACCACUUGUAGUCAAGCUGUUCAUUCAGAAACAUCCUCUCCAUCUCUCCCAUCCCCAUCCUCAGAACAAGUACCGAAAAGGCUCAGCUAUGCAGAGGUGUGUCAACGGCUAGCCAGAGAGCCACCUCCAGCACAGACAUCCUCUCCCACCCCUCAUUCCUCUUCAGACAGCCAACCGCUCCAAGAACUCAAGGUCAAUACAGUUGAAGAGCCUCGGCUCAACUCUAGAAAACCUCCAGAGAAACGUGGGAAUAAACGGCCUCCUCGGCAGCCAUUACGCAGCUUCAGAGGAGCAUCUGGCCAAGCCAGAAUCAAAGGAUCAGGGAUGAGUACACGGGAGAAUCAGGGUGGCCUGAAUUCUGGCAAACCAUUCUGCCCUCAGCGAGGAGUCAGGCACAGUGGAAAAGAGCAGAACGUUCCCCCAACUUCACCAAAAUAACAAAAGAUAUUUAAAACCUUAAACAGACUUCCAACUAUGUGUAAAUGUAUAAAGCCUGUAAAUACACAGAUGAAUCUAUUUGUUUUGACAGACUUGGUCAAAAAAAUCAACUUUGUUGCAGACCUUAUAUUAGUUGGAAAGACUAUAAAUAGAAAAUUUAGAAAGAAUUGCUGACUUUGGAUGUUGUACAUCUCAAAAGGGUUAGAUAUACAAGGUCUCUUACAUUGAUAAAGCAGUCCUCCAUAAAGAUAUAUUAAAGUAUUGUACAGCUCUUAAGAGCUGUGUGGAGCAUUGAGCUGGACCUAAACUUUCAGAAUUUCCUCAGCUUAAAAAGGAAAAAAAAAUUGCCAAAACCAGUCUUGUUCUGUGAUGCUGGCACUCCGGUGCAACAUCAGUGGGUCUGAAUUUUUGUAUAUUUUAAUUUCAACAGUUCAACAGCUACUCCCAUAGACAAGCUGAAUUGUUUUUGCAUAUAUGUGUUUGAGACAAUGAAAGGGAGAAUAGAUGUUUUGUUGUUUUGUUUUGUUUUGUUUUUUUUGUUUUGUUUUUUAAAUCUAAAAACAAGUAGUUUGUCAUCAGAAAUGACAAAAAGUCACACUUGAUCUCUCAGUUUCUGUACUGUUAUAUCAUCUUUUGCGUUGAAACCAAGGAUGUGUUAUUUGAAGUGGGCAUGAAAUGGAACAUGUUAAAUCCAUGCUGGAAUAAUUAGACAUAAUGGAGAUAUACUUUUUAAAAAGAUUAGAAAGUAAGAGUUUAAAGGAAGCCUUGUAUGUGUUCUAAGUAUGUGAACCAUUGGUCCCCUCUAAUUCAUGUGGUAAUAAUAGGUGACUGACCAUUGAUCAGUCUUGAACAUUGGCUUUGAGGACAGUUCUUAUUCCUUCAUAGAAAACAUGCUCAACUCAUGAAGUCUUAAAAAAAGCCUUUGACUUGUUAAUAGAUUAAACGCACAAUUCUUAACUAACGUACAAGAUAUUACAAAUCCCAGUGGUUCACAUUGUUUUGCAAAUCAGAUGUAAUGUUGGAUAUUUUUUUCCUCAAAGAACCACAAGGCAUCAUGUCUUCGUACCAUGCAAGAAUGUGAUGUUUGGUUUGUAUUGUGUAUAUUUGUUGACUUUCAAACAGCUCAGCUCUGCAUAGUAGAUAUGCUACUCAAGAAUGUUAGUUUUGUUCCAGAGAAUUUAAUACAAAAACAUCGAGGAGAAUGAUUUUGUAUUAGAUUAAUGCUGCUGCCCAUUUCAGUGAACAUGGUUAAUGGGCAAAUCUGGCAACUUAGGUUUCACUUCUGGCUUUGAGUAUUGCAGAACUUGCUUUUUGUUGGUACAACCGUCCAUGUUCGCGAUCAUACUUAUUUAGUGCAGCUGAGUAAUCUAACAAUGUGCUUUGCCUGUGGGAGGCACCCCACACAGAAAGGUUGCAGUCAGGUGCAAACCAGCAACCCUCAUUAACAUACUGUAUUAUAUGGAUAGUUCUACCUGCUUGGGUAAGGUGUUCACUGAACAGCUGUUAUUGAGAAUUGGGUGUUCGUUGUUGACUUCUAGCCUCUGCUUUAGCACUAUUAAUCUACAACUAGAGAAACCAGGAGCAUGUGUUGACUUUCCUAAUCAAUAGAAUGUUUUUAUUAAUUGAUUUGAGUAAGUUUAUGGUUGACUAGUUUCUUUAAUAUAAUUUGUAACAUCACUUUUAUUUUGAUGUGACAUUAAGAUUCAAAUGAAUGUAGUCUGUAACCACUGUUGAGCUUGAUUUUCUGUGUUUAUUGUAGCUGUCUGUGUGUAUAUUGUAAUCUGGGUUUUCCAGUGUAUUGUGAGUAAUGCUAAUUUUCUGCACUAGUAGAUUGUGCUUUUUCUUUUUUACUUUCUUCUCUCUUAACCAUAUUCAGCUUUUCAGUAGUUCUCCAUGAGCUGAGAAAGAGACUUGAUGGAGUUGGGUAGUUGGCUUAAAAUACCUGUAAUGGUGUCUUCGAAAUGCACCUCUAUUUGAUUUUAAAGUUUUUAAGCCUGACAGAAGACAUGGAAAGAUGUUGCACAGCACAAGGAUGCUUUACUCUUAUGUAAAUAUUUAACUUCUGUUUGAAUUUAAUCCAAAUUGUUAGAAAUCAAAAAGAAAAGAAAACAUGAGAACUGCAGACUUUGAGGGAGGGGUUUUAAUUAUUCUUUUUAUCUUGUAUGGAAUUUUAUUUUUGCUUCAGUAAACAUAAAUAGUAUGUUUGCCCAAA